AUGGACGACCCCGACGCGAUGUACCCCGGGUUCACCGAGACCGGACUUACGAGCGCGGAGAUCCAGUCGCUUUUGGACGAAUACGAGUGUCCGGGACGGACGGUGAAGGGAAUCCACGACACGAUCGAGGCGGGGCAGGCUGUGGGUGAUUAUUUUUACUUCGGUCCCAAAGGACCCGACGGACUGAUGCCCGAGGUGUUUGAGCGUUACGUUUACGUAGACAAUAUGUUUAGAAAAAAUCCUCGGUGGUGGAUCGAGAACUGCGCGACGUGCGGAGCGCCGGACAACGUGUACAUGGGGCAGGAAGUCCAUCUGUACGGGUUGACCAGAAAACAGAUCGAAUGCUUCGUCCGGUGCGGGACCCCUCGACCUCCGGACUUCAUCCUGCGAAUGGACGACGACGAGUUCGACAUGGUCGGCCUGAGAGACACGAUCCAGACCUCGCGUCUUGGGGCGUGGGAAAUCCAGAACGCCUCUUCCGGAUAAGAGACGGCCGCGAGCGGCGCGAAAACGUGCUGCGCCCGCGGGUGCGACAACGCCGGAACGAAAAGGUGUUCCAUCUGUCGAGCGGUGUACUACUGCUGCAAGGAAUGCCAGAAGACGCACUGGAAGGAGCACAAGAAGAAGUGCCACAAGAUGGUGGCGUGAAGAGUGCGGCAAGCUCGAACAGAAGAGACCACGCUUGAAUAGACCACUAAUCUUACACGAACCAUCAUAAAUAUCGCCGAGCGGCUGAUCAGACCAGCCGUCAGUAGUGCUCCCGGUUGUAGCUCUCGCCGUAGUCCCACAGCAGCUCCUCCCCCUCCGCCACGUCCCUGAGCGUGUACACCACCUGCGUUCCGGUCGCCAGUUCCCGCACCCCGACGUUGGCGCCGGCUUCCCGCUCGCCGGCGCCGCCGCCCGGUUCGUUGCACAGCGCAAACGUGGCGUCGCGAGUUAAACACCGCAGACCGAAACCCCCAAACAGACUCACCGUCGGCGUCGCCGUGCCUUCGCGGUAGUCCCCGUACGAGUGCGAAUAAGAAUACGAAUCGUCGUCCGAAUCGUCGUCCGAAUCGUCGUCCGAAUCGUCGUCCGAAUCGUCGAACGCGACGGACCGGGCGGUGAGGACGUUGGAGUCGACCCGCAGGAUGCCCUCGGGGCCCGUCGGGUCGAGCACCCAGAGGUCCCGGCACAUCACGGCGUACACCUGCGUUCGGCCCUCGGUUCGCUCGCACUUGUGCAAGUAAUCGCGCAGGGACCUUCGCACCCCCGGG